UCAAAAAAGUCGAAGAAGCUGUGUUUGGACCAUCCUGCGACCCGUACAUUACUCAGCUGACAGCUGCACAUUUCAAGCCUUUCAAAUCACUCCUGUUAAAAAAGAAGUCUCAGAUCCGAAAUGGCCUUUCAGUGUCAGCGAGACUGCUACAUGAAAGAGUUUGUUACGUCCAUAGUAUCCUGUUGUCCAGCUGAGCUCAAACAAGAAGUCAGUGGAAAGAAAGAGACUGUCAAAGGUUUUAACGUGAAACUCCAAGACACCAUCUUGUUUCCUGAGGGAGGUGGUCAACCAGAUGACCACGGGCUGAUUGGGGAUGUCCCAGUUCUGAGGGUGACACGACAGGGAUCCGAGGCUGUGCACUUUGUGAGCUCUCCUCUAGAGGUGGGUCAGCAGGUGCACGUGAAGGUUGACUGGGAGAGGAGGUUUGACCACAUGCAGCAACACUCAGGUCAACAUUUGAUCACUGCACUAGCAGAUGCAAUGUUUGGAUACAAGACCACAUCCUGGGACCUAGGGCGUCAGAGAAGCACAAUAGAACUGGAUACUCCUUGUGUCAAACCUGCUCAGAUGCAGGACCUAGAAGAAGCUGUAAAUGAGAAGAUCAGAGCUCAUGUCCCUGUCACUGUCCAGCUUCUCUCUAUAGAUGACCCGGCUGUGGAAAAGGUAAGGAGUCGAGGGCUGCCUGAGGACCAUGCGGGGCCAGUUCGGAUCAUUGAUAUUGAAGGCGUUGAUGCCAACAUGUGCUGUGGAACCCACGUGUCUAACCUCAGUCAUUUACAGGUAAUAAAGCUACUUGGGACUGAAAAGGGAAAGAAAAACAAAACCAACCUGAUCUUCCUGGCGGGAAACAGGGUUCUGAAGUACGCAGAGAAAAGCUACAGCACAGAACGAUCGCUGGUGUCUCUACUGAAAACUGGGCCUGAUGAUCAUAUUGAGGCAGUUGACAAGUUGCAGAAAUCAGUUAAGCUGCUACAAAAAACCAACCUGGGCCUGCUACGAGACAUGGCUGUCCUCAUUGCCCAGGACUUCAAGAAUGGCCCCCAGAGAGGCAACUUUUUCAGCUUUCACAAAAAAGAGGGUGACAAUGAGUUUAUGAAUAUCAUUGCCAAUGAAAUAAACACAGAGGAAACACUGCUUUUCCUAACUGUGGGAGAGGAGAAGGGACCUGGUUUGUUUCUACUGGCUGGACCCAGUGGAAGAGUCGCUGAGACAGGACCUCGUGUGCUGGAGAUGCUCCAAGGGAAAGGUGCAGGGAAGAAUGGGCGUUUCCAAGGCAAAGCCAACAGCCUAGCACGAAGAGACGAGGUGGAGGCUUUCCUGAGGGAGGACUGUAAACAUCACGCCUCAGAGGAAGAAUAGAGCAAGCAAUGGUGCAAUGCAAUAAAUUUACAUUUGAUAUAUUCAAAGAAAAAGCAAAUAAGAGCGAUCAACAGUAAAUAGCAUUUACUACAAGCAAGUGUUGUAAAUUUAUGUUAAAUUGCAAAUUUACGUUAAAUUGUAAAUAAUUCACUAAGGUACAAUAUGCACUGUACAUAGUUCAUGCUCUUAUGUUGGGGCCGUGCUGCCCUGUCCUUGAUUUGUUAACACUUUAGUUUAGCUAAAGUUUUUCCCUUCAGUCUGCACUUCCAGAUGCACAGCACGAUUUUUGUUGCUGCCGUUUAUCAAUUUAUCAAUAAAUAAAAAUCUUGAAUCAUA